UGAAUAUCGACCAUAUCCAUCAGCGAGUUUUGGUCGGAAUAAAACAUAAUUAUUGAUAUCCUCUCAUUUAAUUAUUUAAUAAGCCACUGGAAAUAUUAUAUAUUAAAUAAUAAAUCGUCACUUCAUUAACAAUACCGCCAUGACUGCUUUUGAAGAAUUUGGAGUUUUACCGGAAAUUGCGAAAGCCUUGGAAGAACUAGAUUGGAUGUUACCAACAGAUAUUCAAGCAGAAGGUAUUCCUUUAGUCCUUGGGGGUGGAGAUGUUUUGAUGGCAGCAGAAACUGGUAGUGGAAAAACAGCCGCAUUUUGUCUACCUGUGAUUCAAAUUGUUUGGGAAACUCUGAAAGACUUAGAAAAAGGCACAAGCUCAACAAAAUCAUCUCUACCAUGGACGAUGUCUUUGUAUGAUAGGGGAAAUGCAUUAGCUGUUGCUCCUGGAGGGCUCAGAGUUCAGUCAAGAGAACAUAGAGAAUGGCAUGGUACACGAUGUACUACAGGUGUUAAAUCAGGAAAAUGGGGUUUUGAAGCAACUGUAACUGAUGAAGGGUUGUGUAGAGUAGGAUGGUCUACAUUACAAUCUACUCUAGAUCUAGGAACUGAUAGAUUUGGUUUUGGUUUUGGUGGAACAGGUAAAAAGUCAAAUAAUAAGCAGUUUGAUAACUAUGGAGAACCAUUUGGAAAGAGUGAUGUGAUAACAUGCCUUAUUGAUAUGGAAAAUGGAACAGUAAAAUUUCUUAAAAAUGGCAUAGAUCUUGGACAAGCAUUUACUAUUAACAAACAAAUUUUGAAUUCAGCUUUCUUUCCUGCUGUUGUUCUCAAGAAUGCUGAAAUGGCAUUCAAUUUUGGUGAAACUGAACUGAAAUAUCCACUACCUCCUAAUUAUAAACCUAUUUGUCAAGCCAAUGAGUCGGAGAUAGCAAUAAAUUCAAAUGAAGAAGCUUCUGAUCCAUGUAGUGCUCCUAUUCAAAAGAGCAAUGCCCCACAAGCUAUUAUUAUCGAGCCUAGUAGAGAAUUAGCAGAACAAACUUGUGAUCAACUCAAAAAGUUCAAGAAAUAUCUUGAAAACCCAAAAAUUAAAGAGCUCCUUGUAAUUGGAGGAGUGAAUGUGAAAGAUCAGAUAUCUCAAUUGCAAAAUGAGGGUGCAGAUAUAAUUGUAGGAACACCAGGAAGGUUAGAGGAUCUUAUCCAAGGAGGCUAUUUAUCUUUAUCUAGUUGUCGGUUUUUUAUUCUGGAUGAGGCUGAUGGUUUAUUGAAACAGGGUUAUACUGAUCUCAUAGAAAGACUUCAUAGACAAAUGCCUAAAAUAACAGGAGAUGGUAAACGACUUCAAAUGAUAGUAUGCAGUGCAACUCUUCAUGCUUUUGAAGUGAAGAAAAUGGCAGAAAAACUCAUGUAUUUUCCAACAUGGGUUGAUCUCAAGGGAGAAGAUGCUGUUCCAGACACUGUUCACCAUGUUAUAGUGAAGGUUGAUCCUCAGCAAGAUCGUAGUUGGCAUAACUUGCGGCGUCAAAUACAAACGGAUGGAGUUCAUGCUAAUGAUGGUGUUCGCCCUGGAAAUAACUGUGCUGAAACUUUGAGUGAGGCAGUCAAAAUUUUAAAAGGAGAAUAUUGUGUGCGAGCUAUAAAUGUCCAUAAAAUGGACAGAGCUAUAAUAUUUUGCAGGACAAAAAUAGAUUGUGAUAAUUUGGAAAGAUAUUUGAAGAACAUUGAUAAAAAUAAAUAUUCUUGUGUUUGUCUCCAUGGUGAUAGGAAACCUCAUGAAAGGAAGGCGAAUUUGGAAAAAUUCAAGCGACAAGAAGUGAAGUUCCUGAUUUGCACCGAUGUAGCAGCUAGGGGAUUAGAUAUUACAGGUUUACCUUUCAUGAUAAAUAUUACUCUUCCUGAUGAAAAAUCAAAUUAUGUACAUAGAAUUGGUCGUGUUGGGAGAGCUGAAAGAAUGGGUUUGGCUUUAAGUUUAGUCAGUACAGUACCAGAAAAGGUUUGGUAUCACGGAGAAUGGUGUAAAACUAGAGGACGUAAUUGUUGGAAUACUAAUCUAACUGAUGUAAAAGGUUGUUGUAUUUGGUAUAAUGAACCCCAGUAUUUGGCAGAUAUUGAGGAACACUUGAACAUAACAAUUACCCAAGUGGAAACUGAUAUGAUUGUACCAGCAGAUGAAUUUGAUGGCAAAGUGGUCUAUGGACAAAAACGCAAAGCUGGUGGAUCUAACUAUCAGAACCACACCGCUCAAAUGGCACCUAUAGUAAAAGAACUAACUAAACUAGAAAGUGAUGCACAACUGAUUUAUCUAAAUAGGCACCUCACAAAAUUAGCAAAAGUUGCAUGAGUAUUUAGUUGAAAUACUUUGUUCAAAAGAUUUGUAUUCAAUGAAAAUAAAUAUCAUAUUUAUUGAA